CCAGACGUCUGCGUUGAUUUUAGUUGAGUCGCCGGCCACACGGCGGAAAAACACGGAAGAGACGGUCCUGAGUCCUGAGUCCUGAGUCCGGCCCCGGGCAGGGCAGGCCGUUUUAUGGCUGCUCGAUAGAAGUCAUGAGAGUUUAAAUGUUCCAACUUUUCAUGGGCGUCCUGAACGCAACGGCUGCCAAUGUCUCGUGCGCGUGCGACUGCGCGCGCCUCAGCUCCGUGCACGUCAUGGACGUCACGCAGCUGGAGCUGGUUCAGAUGGUGGCGAUCGUCGCGGUGAUGACGGCGAUGGUGGUGGCGAUCACGUGCGCCCUCAACCGGUACCGGCUGUCGGGGCGAUCGCUGCUCUCCCGUCAAGCCCCGCCCCUGCAAGGGCCACGCCGACACGUGGCCUCCGUGGAAGCGGGUCUGUGGAGUUCGGAGGGUCCAAGCGCCGUCGGGAAUCAGCACGGGUUCCAGUCCCGGGUUUCGGGCCGAGGAGCCUCAAACCUUCCGCGGCGUUUCCCGCAGGGUGUUCCCGCCCCCACGGGCCGCUUCCAGCCCACGUUCCCGUUCCCGCGCCACGACCUGACCGUGGACCUGCCGCCCACCAUCUCGCUGUCGGACGGCGAGGAGCCGCCCCCCUACCAGGGGCUGUGCACCCUCCAGCUGCGAGACCCCGAGCAGCAGAUGGAGUUGAACCGGGAGUCUGUGCGGCCGCCGCCCAACCGCACAGUCUUUGACUCCCUCCCCGUGGACCCGCCCACUUCCUACGUGCACGCCGGCCUCCAAGCGACCCGGCAGCACCGACAGGAAGGAGCGCCCCCUACCUACAGCGAGGUGAUAGGACACCUCUACAACCCCGACGCUUUGCACCCGCCACCGGAACUGGACGGCCAGAACGCCAGAAACACAAAAGAGAAAUCGUAGAGCCCUCGGCGAGUUGCGACUCCGUACGACCGGUCAGUAACCCAUGACGACCGACCUGCACUCUGAUUGGUUGGGAAUAAGAGCCGAGUCACGCCUCACCACUGGGGGGUGCUUGGCUUCCUGUUGCACAGCUUUCUACUUCCUGUAUAAGGAUUGUUCCAUAUUUACUCGUUUGUUUUGUCUUCUUCUAUAUUUUGAUUCUUUUGACUUGAAUUCUUUUACGGCUGCUAGUGCCACAACACACUAGUACUGGGAAAUAUCUGUGCCGGGCCAUUGUAGCACUUGUCAUACCAGCGCUGAGACAUUCUAGAGCGGCCGCUAAGGAGAGGAAUCGGGUCGUAGUCGUGCCGGGUCCAACCGGUGCCGGGCCACGCUAUCGUCCGGUGUUACUAGUGCCGUGCCGUAGAGGCGCUGGGAGAUACUAGCACAUAAAGAAAGUCCUUUCUCGUUUGCCUCCUUUUGACGUUUGACUAGCUUAGCACGUGCUAAGCGCUCUGCCUUAACGUUCUCCACUGGACGGACGAGUCCACGCCAGUGAGAUCCUCAAAAGACGUUUUCUACGGGAGCUUUGCACAAGAAAACUUCAAAAUGUCCUUGAUGAGCGACCUCCUUUAUAAUCAGUCAAAAAUGUUUUCCGUGUUUUCAUUUAUUUUUUUUUUUUAAUUUUAGAGACAAAAAAGACUGUUGACAUCCCGUCUGCUUGUGUACUUGCUAACAAGUGGAAAAGUUGAGAUUUUAUUUAUACGAAGAGAAUUGCACUUUGAUGUUGAGACUUUAAUCGCAAGAGGAGCUUUGUCCAUUGGACCGUGCGCAAUUUUUUGGGGCGUUGCCGUUCCCUCCCAUUGGCCGAAGCUUCGGCCCCUCCCCCGAAGUGAGCGGUCGCCACAGCACAGUUCCACGACGAAAUGUCGAAACGUUAAUCCUGUGAACCAAUCAGUUCGUUCACUUGCAUACUUGUCUUUGUGGCAAAAUUUCUCGUCUUUGUAGUCUUGUCGAGAUUAAAUGGGCAGCCCUCGAGACACGUAUUGAAAAACAUUUUGGGUGUCAGUACUUAAUCAGACAAAGGAAAAGACAAAAUCGCCAGCAUUGGAAAGCAGCGUCGACAUCUGACUGGUCGCCGAAGAGCAGACACACAGAAGUGUUGACAAGUGACACGAGUGUCAGCGGCGACCCGUCUGCCACGCCGCGGCAAAACGCGCCGCGGACCCGACAAAUCCAGCGCCCCCUAGGGUCCGGUCUUUAUGCAACAGCGCCCUCCGCAGGGAAGCGGCCGGCCGCCAAAGUGCGCUCGUCCCGCCUGGGAGGGUCGCGGGGGGUAUGACAAGACCCGACGGGUUCUGAUCAGGGCUUCUGCGGCGCUGACGUUUGCUGGCGAAGGCUUGCUGGAGGUAGGCGUGGCUUUCUGAGAGGGUCCACACGAGGCCAAGUGGACAAGAACGAUCGGCUUGGCGUCUUUGCGCAAGUCCGGUCCAAGCUGAGUGUUGGCGUUUGGACCAGAACCCAAACAAACUGAGCAGACUAAACAAAGUCAGGGUAGACGUUGAGCAACGCGCUCUCCUCUCCGCUUCCUGUCUGAGCGAGCGCUUCCCGUUUCCUACUUCCGGCGUCCAAUGACACGGCUCCUUUUGCGGUCUCCCCUGGCGACGGCUUUGGCUUUUGUUUGAGGCGUGAGUGGCCAGUUUGGGCUGUCAAUCAUUCAGGACACGCCUCCCUCACAGCCUCAAAGAUGAUUGGAUGAAAAUGCUUUUGUACCAGUGAGAGCGUUGCAAUACAUCCGCCGUUUUACCUUCUUUCAUGCUAGUUUAGCUUAGCGUUGUUGUUUUUUAAAUGUUUUAUUUUCACAUCAUUCCGUCCUUUUUUUUUUUUGGCCCAAUCUUCCUGGAGUGUGAAACUUUUGUCAGUGUCUCGCGCUAAUCACUGCAUGGACACAUGUGUGCCUUCUGCACUUUGAUUUUAAUUCUCAUUACUGCAGCUCACCUCCAGCAGUUACAAAAUAUUGUUAUCAAUUUGCCAAGUCUCAAUUGUGAAGAUUGAUGGUGGGUUCAAAGAAGGCUGGGAAUUUGAAAAGCUCCCGCUUGGAAUUCAAAGCGUUCAAAAAAUAUACACUUUUUUUUUUUUUUUUUUAAUUCACAACAACCAGUGGAAGCUCCAAAAUGGAACACAGUUUUCCUUAUGAAAUUGUUUUGGGUUUUUUUUUCCCAUCGAAAAUAAUAAAGAAAAAAAUCUGUUCCGGGGUCAAAUUGUCAGCAUUGUCAACGAUGACCGUAACGCCGACGUUUGUUGUACAUACAAGUUUAAAAGCACACUCAAAUAAAAGUCACAUUAUUCUGACAGCCAUACAAUAUCAUCCUUUAGUCACUUUAUCAGCAAUGCCAAAGGUGGCAUGUUCACGUUGUUACCAUUACUGUAAAAAAAACAAUAAAAAAGUGAAUCAUUUUUCAGUGAACUUGAUCACCCUUGACAGACACCAGAAAAACAAAAAUAACACAAAAUCUCUCACUAACACAACAGACCAUGCGAAAUGUAGCAUUUCUUAUUUGGAUCUUUGUAAUGGAACAAAUGAAACAAAACAAAAAUCGACUUACAUUUGAAGAAGUUCUUUAUUCGUUUGUUGGCCUCGCAGUUCUGAGGACGCGGGUUCAAUCCCAUGUUCUGUUUACAUGCCUGCGUGGGUUUUCUCUGGGUGAGCGCUCCGCUUUCCAAAAACGUGCAACAAUAAUUGGAUUCUCUAAAUUGCCCCGUCGGUGUGAUCGUGCCCUGUGAUUGGCUGGCGACCAGUUCAGGGUGUGCCCCGCCUCCUGCCCGUUGACAGCCGGGAUUGGCUCCAGCACUCCUCCAACCCUUGUGAGGAUAAGCGGCUAAGAAAAUGGAUGGAUGGAUAUUAUGGGUUCAGUAGCAUUUGGAACAGUUUAAGAGUUAUAAAUGUGCACAACAUAUUCAUAAAAGUAACAUAAAGUACAACUUGUCACCUUCUGAAGUUCUCGACCUUUUCUGGGAGCGUGGGGGGUGAAACUAUCAAAUGACAUACAAACAAAAAAGCCAAAGAAGAAGCCAAACUUCUUGCAGGACGUCUGGAACGCGGCAUCGGUGUCACAAUCUGUUUUUGCAACAUUCCUAACUGGCAGAAUCAGAAGUUUAAUUUUGCAUUCAAAGUUCACACCGCUGAUGUAAAAGUUGAUUGGAAUCCUUUCAAUUUGUAAUCUUGACAAAAUAAAUGUCUUUUGUACAAAACACCUUGUGUGCUCAUUUUCUUUAUUUUUUUUUUUUAAAGAGUCAAAUAUGACUUGUUUUGUCUUUGAACCGCAAUUAAAAACACCUGAAAUGUCAGGAACCUUCUGAGAGUGACCAAAAAUGAGCAUGUGUAUUAUUACGGUCCAAAAUGAUAAUAUCCACUUGCUGAUUUAUUUUCCAGGGGUGGCCAGUUCUCAGAAGUCAAAACAGUUCCGAGCCCCCACGUAAUGUAAAGAAGGAGUAUAACACAGUGGCCAGUACGUCUACUUACAAACGUCUCUUGGAACAAAACGGCCCCUAUAUACUGAAGAAAAUUGCCUCUUUACGAAGGAAAAUUCCGGGUACGAAAGGCAAAAAUGGGCGCUUGGAUUCGCAGCCCCCAAAUUCCACUGAACGUAUCUUGGUUUGAAAGUGGCGCGACAGAGCCGCUCUCCCAUUGGCUAUGGCCGUAGCAUCUCCCUGGCAUCCCAUUGGCUCAGAGGGAUAUCACUCUUUACCCAUAAUGCUUUGCGACCGUCACCAAUCAAGCUAGCACACGAGAACAACUUUUUUGUUUGUGUUUUGGUUUUUUUUUUGCAAGUUUAUUAUUUCGUCUUUCUUCACCACCGUGGGCUCCGAGACACUUUGGCGGAAUGAAGUUGUGCGGCUACGUUGGUUUUCUUCUCGGCUGUCCAAAGUUUGCUGUCCCCCACGAGGCAUUUUGCUCAUCCCUUCGCAUUAUAAUUUUUAAAAUUAUUCUUUACAUGAUGUACUUUGAAUGCUUCAAUUUUUGGCGGUCGGGGGACUUGAAACAGCUUCCAGUAAAUGUAAUGUAAUGUACAUGUAAAAUGCGUUCGUAUUUACGAAAAAUCCACGUUACGAAACAAUUUCCAGAUGGGAUUCAUUUAGUAAGUAGAAAACUUAAAAUGCCUUAUUAAAGGUGAAUUUAUUGUUGUCAGACAGGCUACUCGUACAUUUUGAAAUGACCUGCCGUUGCUAAUUUGAUUUAUUCAAAAAAUUCAUAGUAAAGUGCAGUCAAAGACGUUGAUCGUGUGUAAACGUGUGCAAAUGUGUAAUUGCGUUUUAUAGGCAGCAGGUGGCGGGCACGGACACAAAUACAAAAAAGUCCAAAAGUCUUCGAGUUACCUGCUUGACUUUGGUUCGGGUCGGUGUCAGUUGACAGGGUUGCAGUGGGUCCAACAGCGCUCAGCUCCUCAAGUGCCCCAACUCCUCUCCAGACUGCCCGCUAGGGAGGGAAAAAACUGAUUUCAAUGUUACUGUACAAAUUUGAUGUUUUUCAGCAAGUGGUGCGGGAUUCUCAAGCAUUGACGGCAAACUUUUUUGCAAUACAUUGACGGUCUUCAAUGGGGCAAUUAUGACACCCUCGACCCCACGUUGAGUGACAAGUUAUGAUUUCCAAAAAACAAAACAAACAAAAAAAAAUGCACCGACUUCUCUUCUUCUUCUUUUCCUUUCGGCUUGUCCCGUACGGGGUCGCCACAGCGUGUCAUCUUUUGCCAUCUUGGUCUUAUCUCCUGCAUCUUCCUCUCUCAACACCCCAACCGCCCUCAUGUCUUCCCUCACCA